UGAUUAGUGUAGGUCUUCUUGUCUGGAUGGGGCAAUGCUACUUAAUCUAUACUGACAUGUCUAGACUAGCAGAACUGGAAUUUACAACAAGUAGGUAUGAAGAAACAGUUGUGACCCCUGCCUGUGUAUCCUGGUGACUUGGUACAAUAGACAAAGAUAUCUACUUUUGUUUGCUAAAAAUGGCUUUCCACUGUCAGAGAGAUUGUUAUGCCACUGAGCUGCUGACUGAAGUGGUGUCCUGCCAUCCUGCCCAGUUGAAAUUGGAAAAUGGAGGCAAGAAAAACACUGUGUCUGGGUUUAAUGUUUUAUUGAAAGACACUGUACUUUUUCCUGAAGGGGGAGGCCAGCCGGAUGACAGAGGCUUCAUUGGGGAGGUUCCCGUGCUUAGAGUAAUCCGUCAAGGGCCCGAUGCUGUGCAUUUUGUGGCCUCACCUUUAGAUCCUGCUACUGAGGUGCUUGUGAAAAUAGACUGGAACAGGAGGUUUGAUCACAUGCAGCAGCAUUCAGGUCAACACCUGGUAACAGCCAUUGCAGACUCUUUGUAUGGAUUCAAAACAACGUCCUGGGACCUGGGACGACAGCGCAGUGUAAUUGAGCUGGAUACUCCAUUGGUGACCGCAGAGCAGGUAGAAGCUAUAGAGAAGAUUGCUAAUCAGAAGAUUCGUGAGCAUGUUCCUGUCCAUGUAAGACUUAUAACAGUGGAUGAUCCUGAAUUCGAUAUGGUAAGAAGCCGUGGCUUGCCGGAUGAUCAUGCUGGCCCAGUGAGAAUAAUUGAUAUUGAAGGCGUUGAUGCCAACAUGUGUUGUGGGACACAUGUCAGAAACCUGAGCGACUUACAGAUGAUCAAGAUUUUGGGUACUGAAAAGGGAAAGAAGAACAAGACUAAUUUAAUAUUUUUGUCUGGAGAGAGAGUCUUAAAAUACGUUUCUCGAAGCUACAACACUGAAAAGACUUUAACGUCCCUGUUAAAGAAUGGGCCUGAGGAGCACAUUGAAGCAGUAGAUAAACUGCAAAAAUCUGUCAAAGCCCUUCAAAAGAAUAACUUGACCUUACUGAGAGAUCUUGCUGUCCUUACAGCAGAAAACUUCAAGAGCAAAGCAGACAGAGGAAAAUUCUUCUCGUUGCACAGGAAAGAAGGGGAUAAUGAGUUCAUGAAUAUUAUCGCUAAUGAGAUUGGAACAGAGGACACGCUUCUGUUUCUUACCAUUGGGGAUGAAAAGACCUCUGGAUUGUUUCUUCUAGCUGGACCACCAGGGAUUGUUGAGAAAUUUGGGCCCAGAGUUUGUGAAAUCCUGGAUGGUAAAGGAGCAGGAAAGUGUGGUCGUUUUCAAGGCAAAGCAAAUAAGAUGAGCCAGAGGGCAGAGGUUGAAGUUCUGUUGCAGAAGGUUAUCAGCAGUGUAGAAAUAACUCAGGAGUGAUGUAUUGAGCUACACGAUAAACAGCCUGAUCCUUUCCAGGGCUAUUGUCUAUCCACUCAGCAUUCCCAGUACAAAAAGGAAGUUCUGGAGCCACACAGUGCUAAUGCUCUUGUCCAUAUGUCAGUCAUAUACUGUAUAUCUGCUGUUUGUCUUCAUGCAAACUCAUGGAAACAUUUAAUGGCACCCUACCAACUGAAUGAAGCCACCAUGUUAAAACAACAUGUUAUAGCUGUAUCUGGAUAAAAAUAAUAACUGGAA